AUGAGCGGAACCAUGGCUGAGAGAGAUCAGCCAUUAUCAGAGACAACCUCUCCGCCAGCUGAUGGCGGCAGUGUACAGACCACGGCGACGUCCCCGGCCGCGGCGCAACAACAAAUCCAGCCUGAGUACAGCGAGCCCUCAUCGACGACGGCGCCGCCCCAGCCUCCGCCCCUCGAGCCGCUCUUCACACUUCUCACCAACACCACCUCCAACGCGACGGUACACCCGCGCGUACAAUACGUUUUCUCUGACGACGACCCCUCCGCCCUUUCGAACCAAGGUAACACGCUGCAGCCUGCGGCCGAUGCAACAGGUGGCGGCAGCACAACGGGCGCGCGCCACCGCACCGUCGUCGUCGAUCUCGCACCCUCGGACGACAACUCUCGCUGGACCGUCGCCUGGGCGUCGAGCAUGAGCCCCGAAUUUGCCGUCACGGGGUCCAGCAUUGCCGUGCCUCAGAGCAGCGGUGGUGGUGGCGGCGGCGACGCGUCCGACGGCAGCAGCGCGGGCGCCCCAAUCCUGCACAUCGAGGGCGUCGAGGGGGAGCCCGUGGACCCGCGGGGCGAGAGUCUGCCCGGGUCCAGCUCUGGAAGCGCCACUGUCGGCAGAGAGGACGUCGAGGGCCUGGCCGACGAGUUUCGCCGCCGCAUGGGCGUCUUGCGCAAGGUGGUCGGCGAAGGGGAGCGGCGGAGGGAAGCUGUCGCGAAGCAGCAGCACCAGGAGGAAGCUCGCCGGCACCAGGAGCAGCACCAGGAGCAGCAGCAGCAGCGCGAGGACGAGCAGCACAAUUCGGAAGACGCCGUCCGAGGGCAGCGGGCGACUGCUCCAAGGAGCCACGGCGAGGCGCCUGAGUCAUGA